AUGUCAGGGACGUCUUCAAAGCGCACAGCUACCUCAAGCUCUCCAGUUUUGCAUCCAACCUCAUAUCAAUUAGUUAGGACCCCACAUUCUGAUAGUCUUAAUCGCGAUUCAAGUUUAUUACCACAGCGUUCUCUCGUAUUGGAUUACCUCUGUCACAAUUGCUACAUCAGUACAGCCAAAGCGUUCGCCCGAGAUAGCACAGUUCAACAGCUUGAUGCCGACGGGGAUGAAAUUCUUGACGUCCCAGGCGAUGUAGGCCGCCCAGACGCAUUUCGAUUGUCCGAGUCUCUCUUGGUACAAAUAGACCUUCGCAAACAAAUCCGCAUACACAUUCUCAGCGGACGCGUGGAUGAAGCUAUAGAUUUACUCAACUCACACUUUCCUUCCGUUCUUUCCGAAUCAAAAGCCGAAUCCUUCCCGGUUAUCCGUACAAAGUCAAGCGAUACUGAAUAUGUCACCUCGACGUCUGUCGAACCUCCACACCUCCUCUUGAACCUUCGGAUUCUUGCCUUCAGCGAAGCUUGUCGCACAGUGCCACUGGAGUAUCUGCCAGCUGGGUCAUCGUCUCUGCCAUCCGCCGAUCCCCCUCUGGAGCAUGAAAGUAUAGAUACAUUCGCAAGUUCGGAACAGCAAGUUUCUCUUUUGACAAAGGCGCAGAAACUGUACUCCCUGGCCAAUUCGUUGACCAACCAUUCAGAUCGAGCAAGAUAUCUGAAGGAACUUGAAAACGUCGGAGGACUGCUCGCUUACAAAGUACCAGAACAAAGUUCCAUGGCAAAAUACUUAACCAUGGAGCGAAGGGAAGCUGUGGCUGACCAGAUUAAUCGUGCUAUCCUCGAGAAGACGGGCUUUUCUCCAAUAUCAUCGCUCGAGCUCAUCACUCGUUAUACAUCAACGUUAUGGUCAUUUGCCCGUCAAUACGAAGCACGACCAACACCAGGGGCAGUCCUACCUCCGGUAAAUCGCUCAUCGGAUAAAGAAGAUCGCGAUCGCGAGCUUGUUCCCUUGUUCGACUUACAACAAUUUCUUGGCACGAAACCGUAA